AGUACGAUUUAGAUUGCAAAGAUCAGAAAAUACCAUAGAGCUUGCGGCCCUUUGAUUUACUAAAGUAAGUGUAGGAAAAAAUUUAGUGGUGUAAAAUUUAUCUAUAAUUUAGUAGUGUUAGUUUACAACACGCAUGCGCUGUAAAAUUAAAGAAAAUCAGUAUGGCGGGAACUAUUCCAGGAUAAUAUUUUCUCAAAAUUUGAAGAAAUUGUGAAAUCAAGAUGGCACAUGAGAUACAUUUAAAGAACAACAAAUACCGGCAGUGGGUUAAGGCUGGCCUAGGCUUGGGUUAUCUUAAAGAGGGACUUGCGCCAUUUUGUGAUGACAUUGGAAGACAGCAGCACAAAGAUAUUAUAAACCAAAUACAACAAACAAAGACUCCUCAACCAAACAUACCAUGUGGCGCCUGUCAGAUAACAACUCUCCAGCCAGAUCAUGUCCGAGUCUCAAAAGGGAUAUGUCCCCUCAAACAAGAUAAAUGUAACUGUUGUUUUCCUAAUAAUAAGAGACCCUGUUCAAACAAUGUAUGUGGUGCCAUCUAUGACAGCAUUAUACAGUAUCAUGCAUCAAUGCCACCAGUACCUUUUUGGAAAAACAGUGAUGUCCAACAGUGGUCAACAGAACCGUGGGAGGUUUGCAAAUGUUUUAUAAAUGCUCCUGGGUACAAGGACAAGACAUCAGCAGUCGACACUGAUUGCACUGGGUUGCUUCAUGUUAUCAUAAAUAACAAGUACUUUCAUAGUCAUAUUGGAGGCAAUGUUACAGGACCAAACAAUCUUUUUUCAAAGGUACGGCAGUACCGAAACGAAAUUUUUCACUCGAGCAAUAUGGAGUUAGAGGAGAGCAAAGCUAAUUGUUAUAUUGAUGACAUGAUAGCUGUUCUACAAGAUGGUAAAGAACUUAUACAUCAACAAGAUGCACAACAAGCUGUCGGGAAACUCCAAGAUGUAAGUGUACAUAAUAAAUUAUAAGUUUGAAAUCUUUAA